AGAAGACAGCGUACGGACAGCAGCGGAAGAGAGUCACAGCUGAGAGAGUCCGGCGGAGGGCCGGGUCGGCGAUGGCGUCGAGCGAUGUGCGGGGCGUCGGGGCGGCGGCGGCGCUGAUGGAGCACCCGGCCCCGGCACAGCAGACCACCGUGCUCAUGUCGUGCCGGGUGUCGGAGGGAGGUGGCGGGCAGAGCUCGGCGCUCCGUCUGCAGCUGAGCAUGGAGCGGCCGGGGGAGUUCCGGCUGGGAGUGCGACACGGCGGCGGGCGGAGCCUGAGCCUGUACGAAUUUAACUUGAAAGAUAUCAUCUAUGAAUUCAAGAGUAUGACGUGCCAUGGGAUUAGCACGCGGAGCCAGCCCACAGACCAGUUGAUCUACCACUUUGAGGAUGAGGAGGAGGCUCAGAGGUGGUCAACCAUCAUUAACAGUUCUCUGAGAGAGGUCGAGAAAGCUAUUUCCACGACUGGUCAACAGAACUACAGUCCUUCACUGCAAACAGUGGCCAAAGGGAGCCCAAGGUUUGGGGAAGACCCACCCGGAGCAAGUGCGGAUAUCCCAAAGCCGGGAAUGGACCUGGCCCAAACAGAGGAUCUGAUUUUGCGACUGGCCCGGGCGAUAGAAGCAGGUGAUUGUGCCUUGUCGUCAGAGUGUGCAGUGAUUCUCGCACGGCAGAAAGCCUGCAUGGCAGCCUCCCUAAAGGACGUUUGCUAUCCAAGCCAGCAGAUCAGUCUGAGAGUCGGAGUGGAGGACGCCACCUCUUCUGCCACGAUUCUUGUGAAGAUCUUUCCCUACGCCACCAUCUUCACAUUAAAGCAACAGGUGUUCCAAGAUUUCGGGUUCCACCCCAGCGUCCAGCGCUGGAUCAUCGGACAGUGCCUGGCGGCUGACCACAGGACUCUGAGCUCGUACGGGGUGAAGAGGGAUGGAGACCCAGCCUUCCUCUAUCUGCUGUCAGCCAAGAUGGCCGGCCUGCCACGGCAUCAGUACGAGGAGGACCAGGCCUUUGCUGUCAUGUCCAACGGGGAGCCGCUGACCGACUUCUUCAGGAGGGAGAGUCUUCCGGCCAGUGAGAGGAGGAGUUGUAACACGUUACCAAGCAGAUUACCUACAGUGAAAGCAGGUGGAGUAGCUGCGAUGCACAGGGAGGGAAGGAUGGACGCCAGUAACAAUCCGGAGCUGCUGUCACAUCACCCACUUGUCUCACAGGAGGCAAGGAGCCAGCCCUUGCAGCAGCCUUCUCCCAUGCAGAAAGGUUGGGCCUGCGCGCAGUGUACCUUCAUAAACAAACCCACGCGGCCUGGCUGUGAAAUGUGCAGCAGUCCCCGGCCGCAGGACUACGUGGUGCCGGAGGAGUACGCACUCGGCGACAAGGAGUUCUGUCGGAUGCUGCAGGAGGAGGCGUUGCUGAGAUCACAGCAGGAGCUGGAGGAGGAGAGGCUGCGGAAUUACGAGUACCUGCUGCAGCUGGACGGACAGCAUCUGGUCACCAACCCCGAGUCUCUGGAGUGCCCCAUCUGCCUGAGCAGCAUCGCGCCACAGAAUGGUGUGGUGCUGCGAGACUGUCUACACUCCUUCUGCAGGGAUUGUCUGAAACAGCUGAUCCGGACCUGUGCUGACCCUCAGGUACCCUGCCCCUACCGCGACAAUAGUUACGCCUGUGACAGCAAGCUGCAGGAGCGCGAGAUUCGAGCGCUGGUGUCGGUGGAGGACUACAACAAGUUCCUGGACCGCAGUAUGUCAGUGGCAGAGAGCAGCAGCGACAACAGCUAUCACUGCAGAACGGCAGACUGCAAGGGCUGGUGCAUUUACGAGGACGCAGUCAAUCAUUUCCACUGCCCCUCCUGCGGAAAACUCAACUGCCUGCUUUGCAAGGCCAUCCAUGAGGGAAUGAACUGCAGACAGUACCAAGAUGACCUGGCCAUUCGAGCUGUCAAUGAUGCAGCUGCCCGCCACACCAAGGAGAUGCUGAAGACCCUGGUGCAGAGCGGCGAAGCGAUGCGGUGCCCGCAGUGCCGGAUAAUCGUGCAGAAGAAAGGAGGAUGCGACUGGAUUCGCUGUCCCGUUUGUCACACCGAGAUUUGCUGGGUCACCAAGAAAUGUCGCUGGGGGCCAGGGGGUCCAGGUGACACGAGUGGUGGAUGUCGUUGCCUGGUAAAUGGGCAGAAGUGUCACCCCCUCUGCCAGAACUGCCACUGAAGGGGAGCGGCCAGUCGACACUCUGCCCUGCUCACCGGGGGCAUGGAGCCUGAAGCCAAGAGAUCGGAGGGAAUCCUCACUGGCUCCAGAUGUCAAUCCAGUGGUGAACACCAGCACAUCUGGCUACUGCUGGGAGCUGGAGCAGCAACAGGACAUUGGCAGCCAAUGCUUGCACAUGAGUGUGAGUGUGAGUGUGUGUGUGAGUGUGUGUGUGUGUGUGUGUGUGUGUGAGUGUGAGUGAGUGUGUGUGUGUGUGCGUGUGAGUGAGUGUGUGUGUGUGCGUGUGAGUGAGUGUGUGUGUGUGUGCGCAAGAACACGGAGGGGUAGGGAGGAGGGUGUAUCGACUGGGACUUUAUUCUUAGUUCUGGGACGCUUGUUCAGAUCUCUGGGUAAUAUCAUCUUCCCGCACCGCUCCCAGGCCAGGACCUUGCCUGUGUUCCUAUGGAGAUUCCCAUCGGCCAGGGAGCGACCCCCACUAGUGAACUGACUGUUGAGGGCCGGGGUGAAUCUGUUUUUCCUGGGCUCUGGAACAGUGCUGAGGGAGGGGAAGAGAGAGAGAGAGAUCAGGAGUCUGCCUGUCUCUUGAGUCACACAACAGAACAUUGUCCCCUUUGGUUUGUCUGCAACAUCCCAGUGGGGAACGAACCCUUCCCACAUAACUCUCACUGCCCUGUUCUGAUACCCUUCCUGCCUGACGGCCAUCGCCAGGGCUCUGUACCUCCCUAUUGCAGAAAUAUUAUUUCCCUCUCCCCUCGUUCCUCUCUUUCUACACCUCCCACAGGCCAUGACCCUCAUGCUCACUAUCCCCUGGUCUCUGCCCCUCCACUCCUGUAAAACACACACAAUUCCCAGACUUCCUCCCCUUCUCCACAACUGGCAGUGACGGGAGUCCUGAGGGGAAGGGUUUUUAAAGCUGUACUCGCUCGACCUCGGAGUAGUUGUCAAGGUCUUCCUUGGUGGCAGUGGGUGACCGUGAUUUCUCCUGUGCCUUGUCAUGCCCUUUGUGCUCUCCAGACCGUUGCAGAGCUGCUUUCCUGGCUGUUGGGUCUCAUCCACACAGUCCACCAGAACUGACACUGCAGGCCAGCACAGGCUCACUGAGGUACCCAGGCCCACCAGCUACUCUCACCUGCUUUAGCUCGCCCGUCAAAGCGACGUCCUGGGCUGUGGGACAACGGUGAGAGCCGAGUGUCUGGUGGGGCCCAAGGUGAGCGAGCUGCCCCAGAAACAUACCCCAUUCCUAAUGCUCCCCAAUUCUGAAGCUGAUGGAUCCGACACAGACCCUGCCCGAGCCUUUCCAGUACUUAUUUCAGGAGUCCAUUACUGACACAGACCCUGCCUGAGCCUUUCCAGUACUUAUUUCAGGAGUCCAUGACUUGUCGACUUUUCCUGCUUUUCACUUUGCAAAUAUUUGCUGACCCGCUAUAAAACUGAAAAUGCUGGAAACACUCAUGAGGUUGGGCAGCAUCUAUAGAGUAGAAACUGUCAAUGUUUCAGGUUGGAGAACUCUCAACAGAACCUGAUUUAAGACAGGAUUAGCAGUUUAAUCUUCCCUGCUUCUUCCAACAAUCCCCCCCCCCCCCUCGGCUCCACUCCUCACUCCCUUGGCUUCACCUGUCACCUUCUGGUCAGUCCUCCUCCCCCGCCCAAUCAUUUUAUUCUGGAAUCUUCCCCUUCCUUUCCAGUCCUGAAGAAGGGUCUCGGCAUGAAAUGACGACUAUCUAUCCAUUUCUAUAGAUGCUGCCUGACCUGCUGGGUUCCCUCAGCAUUGUGUGUGUGUUGCUCUGGAUUUCCAGCAUCUGCACAAUCUCCUGUGUUGUAUCUUUCUGCUGACCAUGAAGGGUAAUAUAUUUUACUGCCGACACUUUGAAUGUGCUUGUGAUGGCCCAGCCCGGCUGUAAGGGAGGCAGCGGCACAGAGCACAGUGUGAACGCUUCGCACCGGCUCUGACUGUAAUCACACAGCCUGAACUGUUGUGAUGAUUUCCAGAGUUUGGUUCGGUUCCUCACAUCCAGCAGACUUGGCUGUCGUCGGACUGUAUCUCUGAACACGCAAGCUGAAAAAUACACUGUGGUUCAAAUACAAGAAACACAUGG